CAUACAUUAUUUUUUACAUAAGGAAAGAUUCCCUAUAGUAUCUGUCUUAAAUGCAUAGUUGAAAAACUGUUAAUUAGAGGUUAAAUACGGCAAAUGAAUGUGUCCUGUCCUGGAGAUUCAGAGUUUGAAUAUUUUCAUAAUUUCAUAAUAAACAUAUUCAAACUCUGAAUCUCCAGGACAGGACACCUUCAUUUGCCAUAUUUAAGUGUAACAUACAAGCUGAGUCAUUGCUAUUUAUUCAUUGUCUAACCUGCACAAACCCUGACUGUGCACUGACGGCAUCAUGAAAUCUAAUCUCUCAACAACACUCAAUGCCAACAAUGCCAUUCACUUUCCUUCAGAUACAAUGGGACUAUUAUAUUACACAUGCUGAGACGGCCAUAGCAGCGGACACUCCUGUGAAACACCACCGUGGGGAACGAUGCUCAUCGGGUCUUGAUAUAAAAAUGGAUCAAAUCUACAGAAGGCCUGUCCCACACAGAGAUCUGAGAGUGCUUAACCAAAAGGAGGACAAAGACCUGCAGCAUAAACUUAGCAUGCUGGACAAACAAUACAGGUACACGCUCAAAAUGCUCCAACAGAGGCGAGACACGUUGAUUCGUGAGCAGGGGAGAGUGGUGAUGGUGAAAGUGUGUGAACCCAAAGCCAUAGUUAACAUUGCUAUGAAAGAAAUCGGAGAGCACAAGACACACGUGAGGGCUGUUCACACGUCUGAUGGCAGAAGACACUAUUCCAGCAAGUCCCAGCAUCAACACGAGGGAGCUGAACUGGCACAGAAGAAUCGGUCAGUGUCGGCACCACUGACGUCGGACAAGCCCACAGGUCCACUGAGACACAGAGGCAACAUCCGGGCAAACGUGUCUCUCAUGCAGAUGAAAAAUAUCGCAACCAUUGACUCGAUAUCAGAAAAGGAACUGGCCAGGCAGCGGCAGAAAGCCUGCGAGGAAAUGGACAGAGUGAAACGACUUCAGAGGGAAACAUUACACAAGAGGGUGGCGGAGUUUAUAAGAAGUCUCAGGGAUAAAAGUGAUGUGGAAAUACUGGAAACUCCAUAG